AAUAUUUGAUGUAACAUGGUUUGCUAUUGUUAUAGGCUGAAAUUGAUCUGUGAAUUGAAUUUUCCAGUUAGAAGUAGGAGGAAGUGGUAAUUUUCUUAUCACACGAUUUUCAAUAUUAUUAGGAUCAGGCCUUGGAAUGUUAAUAAGAGUUGGCCUUUUAGAUUUCCCACGUUUCUUUGCAAGAGGCGUUGGCUUAUUAUCUACCUUUGGCUUUUUACUAGAUACUAAAGGUCUUGAAAAACCUUGUUUCUUAAUUUCUUUAGUAUUAUUACAAUUAGCUUCUUCUAACAUAUCUUGGUCAUCUUCUAUUUUUUCUGUUGAAUUGACACAGUCUAGUUGCGAUACAUCCUUUAUAGUCGGAACUGCAUCACAUGGUCCUACCUUAUGAAAACUUUGUCCUGUCUGAAAAUGUUUUGAACAAAGUACUAACUUUCUUAUUUGAUUUGGAGACAUUUUCAAUAAAUCCUCUCUACCCAAAAACUGACACCAUCUUAGGCAUCUGCCUAUUUCAUAAGCUGGAAAAGGAUGAAACUUGUAUCUUUCUAUUUUAUUCUUUGGAUCUGAUCUUGAUCUACCACAAGCAGCACACGCUUGACUUUCCAAGACAGCAGGCGGUAAAGGCUCUAAUUUCUUAGGUUUCUCUGAGGAACUAUAUUUUGAAUCAAAUACAAAUUCCAUAAUAUAUUGCUCAGAUCCAUCUAACUGAUCAGGAUUUCUAAUAUUGGGAACAGCAUUGUCUAUCAAUCUGCUUUUAUAACCAGGCAUAAAUUGAGAACGAUCAAAAUGUUUUGAACAAAUGUAACAAAACAAAAUUUCCUUUCUUGUCAAUCUGUAAUAUGAAUCUACGCCAACGAAGUCGAGCCAUUUUAAACAUCGAAAUUCCUCGCCAGGAAAAUGAUGAAAUGUCACACCAUCAUAAUCUAAAUCCGAUGGAUCUCGACGAAAUCGGCCACAUAAUACACAGGUUAUGUUAUACAAACUUUGUUUAGGAUCAUAAAUUGAGGGUACUGCGGUACAGUUUAAUCUGUCGAAGUAUUCAUUUAAAAAAUCCUUUGGCUCGAAGUGCUUGGAACAUACCAUACGUUGAAGUAAUUGUUUCUUUGUAAGUUUAUACAAAUCCUCACGGCAACAAAAUUCCAACCACUUUCUACAACGAGCUUCAUCGUUAACAGGAAAUCCAAAAAACAUAUAUUCCUCUUCUUUGUUGUUUGGAUUCAUACGCGAACGACCGCAUACAACACACGGAUGUGGCAUUUUUUUAAAAAUUACUCUUUGUCUCUAUACAUUCGUCAAAUAGACAAUUCCAUUUUGCUAUAACUUCAUGAAAAAUAUCAGGACUGAGUCAAUGUUUUCUAAAUAUUAUAGCUAAUACAUUCUUUAAAAGAUUUAAAAUUAAAUUAUCUUUUUAUAGCCUUUUUGUAUAUGGUACAAUUCUCUGAUGUUUAGAGAAUAAAAUUCAAUAAUAAAAUGCAAUAACCUCUUCAUCAUUUUCCAAUCGUAUAUGUAGUUCAAAUUUUGAAUAUUUCUAUGAAACAAUAUGCAGCAAUAUUAAGAAAGUUCAGAGAGUUAAAAUGUUUCUUUAAAAAACACGUUUUUAGAAAUGAAUAUUAAAAAUCACUUUCUUUUCAUGUUAUUACACUUGUUGCGCCUUUCUUGAACUAUGAAAGGUUAAGCUACUGCUACAGCGUCUUUCACCUAACCUUUCAUAAAAUAAUACAGCUGUAAUUUGGCAAUAGACUAGCUAACCUAUCAAAGUCUUGCUAUCAAAAUAUCACUUUAUUAAUAAAAGAAAUAAUCAAAAUGGCAGAAAAUUCUAAUAAUCCAUACGAUAUUAAUGGGCAGCACUUUAAUCCUGAUAUGUAUUUUCAAAAAUUAUUAAAAGAGUGUACAUUGAAACAAAUUAUGGACCAUGAAGCAGAAAUUAUAAAAAAUACUCAAAUUUUACACUCUGAUAUGCAAACUCUGGUAUAUGAAAAUUAUAAUAAAUUUAUAUCUGCUACAGACACUAUAAGAAAGAUGAAAACAGAUUUUAAAGAAAUGGAAGAUAAUAUGGAUUUAUUGGCCAAAAAUAUGGACAGUAUCACUUCUUUUUCAGAGCAGAUUUCAUCAACAUUGCAGGGUACUAGACAACAAAUUGCCAAAUUAUCUUCUGUUCAUACACUGUUAAAAAAGUUGCAAUUCCUUUUCAAAUUGCCUGGCAAUUUGAAAGAUAAAAUGAAUGAAGAGAAUUACGCACAGGCAGUGCAAGAUUACAUUCAUGCACAACGUGUAUUGAAUCAAUAUGGCAAUAUGCCUUCAUUUCAAGGAAUACAGAAAGAUUGUGAAGACAUUGUAGAGGAACUCAAGUCAAGACUGAGAAUGCAAUUUCAUAAAAGAGAUGCAUCAACUAAAUCGUUAGCUGAAAAUGUAGAUCUUUUGUUACAACUAAAAGAACCAGCUGAUUCUUUGUGUGCUGAAUUUCUAACACAUGCAGAUGAAAGAUUAACAGAACAGUUAGAUGUUCUAAAAGAUAUGUGUGAAAAUGAUAUUAUAGAAUUUGUAGAUAUGGCUAGUUCAGGAUUUUUAAGUGACUUAUGCUUGAUUGUUGCAUCCUACAAUGACAUGUUUAUAAAUCGAUCACCAUCGGAAGAUAACGAAUUUACGGAUGACUUUGAUACAAAAGCCAUUGCACGUUUGAAUAGCUAUAUCAUGAAAAAUAUGAAAAAAUAUUUCGAUUUAAUUGAGAAAAGAGUAGAAAAUGUAGCUGAUACAUCUAUUUUAGUAAAGGCAUUAGAUAAAUUCCAUAGACGAUUACAAGCAAUGAAUACAUUAUGUAAAGAUACAGACUUUACAAGAACAGGCACCAAUAUUGUUAUUAAUGCAGGUAGAAAACAAUGUUGCAAUCAUUUGGACAAUUUAAAGUCCCAUUUAAGUGAAACACUUGUUAAAGUGAGACAAAUAUUGACAACUAAAAUUUCUCAAGACGGAGAUAAUAGUUUAGCCGAACUUCAGGCAUUGCUCAUAAUGCCUGUCAUAGAAAAAAUUAAAGGAGUUUUGCAGGAUUUAUUGGUAUUUUUACAACCAGACUUGUCAUUCAGUUUAAAAACACAAUUUCUACAAAAUUUCUGUGUGGAUGAAGUUAGAGAAGGCCUAAUAGUUGGAUUUUUGCAUCAUUUAGUGAUCACUGCAAAUGGAUUUUGUACUGGAUCUGAUAUUCCAAAAUUUCCACCUACUCUUUUACUUUUGUUGAGCAAAAUGUGCAUCGAAUUCAAAGAAAAUAAUGUCAAAUAUUUGCUUACUACUACCGAUGAUUUAUUCAAUAUGAAACAAUACACAUCAUCUGGAAAUGUCAUUACAACUGAAUCAGAGAUCUGUGACAAGUUUCAAGAAGCAGCGCAAAAUUUAUUAAAUCAUUACGUUCGUAUUCAAGGUUUAGCAGUGUCGCAAAUGUUAAGAAAAUCUGUCGAAACGAGAGACUGGUUACAUACGAUCGAACCAAGAACAGUCAGAGCUGUAAUGAAGAGAGUCGUAGAAGACGUAACGUUAAUCGAUACUCAAGUUGCUGCGUUAUAUGACGAUUCUGAUGGUCAAGUUGACCGAAGUAGCGACAGCAGUAGAAAAACCCAUAGCGUGAGUGUGUCCAGACAUCACUACAGAUCAAGUUGGUCAUCGUAUACACCCAAUCAUAUAGAUUCGUCAUUGGUCACGAAUAUUCAUAAGUUAUUUUCAGAACGUAUAGAAAUUUUUUCGUCGGUUCAAUUUAAUAAAGCCUCAAUUCUUACGGGAAUCAUCAAAAUAAGUUUAAAGACCUUUCUGGAAUGCGUAAGAUUACGAACGUUCAGUAAAUAUGGACUGCAACAAAUCCAAGUCGACACCCAUUACUUACAAUUGUAUUUAUGGAGAUUUGUUUCGGAUGAAAAUGUCGUUCAUUUCUUACUAGACGAAAUACUUGGAAGUGCUGUACAUAGAUGUCUAGAACCAGUUUUGAUGGAACCAAGUGUUGUAGAUAUUAUUUGUGAAAGAGGAUGAAGAAACAGACAAGUUUCGACCAUAUACAUACUAGUCUAUUGUACAGUUUUUUCUAGCGUUAUAUUUUCUUGUAUUACUAUUUAUGAAAAUGAAUGAAUAUUAUAAAGAUUUAUAAUAUACGAUGACCGUGUAUAUUCUUGUAUAUCUUAUCAUUAACACUGUACAUUCCACGAAUAAAUUUGGCGACGAACCGUA